UGCAAAGGAAGUGCCUCAGAAGACACUUGUCUCUCACUACAAGGCGUUUUUUUUUAAAUUUCUUUUGACUUUUUCUUACUGCUUUUGUACGUCAGAUGAGUGUUGUUUAACGGUUUAUUUUCACCAAGGUUCAUAUUUAACAGACGUUAUAAAAUUAACGUGCGGCAAAAUCUCAUUACAAAGUUGAUCUGCUUCCACUAUCAAGCCUUGUUCAGUUGAGGCAUGUGUUGUGAAAAAGAAGCCUUUUUAUGAAGAAAAAGAAAUGGCAGGGAAUGUUGUUGCAUCUCUGAGGUGGAAUCAGAAAACUUGUAGUUCCCACGCCCUGACAUGGUCAGAAGAUAGCCGUAUUGCUGUGGCCACAGAGGGAGGGGUCUAUGUAGUGGAUUUGUCAUGUGGUCUUGAUGCAUCUGAUUCCCUUGUUGCCAGACAGGCUUUCAUCCCUGCCUCUCCAGAUGUUUGUGAGUUCAAUGUGGAUGUAGACAGAGAGAAGUGUUACAACAGUCUGCCUGCAGAUGAGUUACACCCUAUAAUGUUGGAUCGAACAGUGAGUCCAGGGAUUGGGAGUGGUCAACCCUACAGUUACCGUGGCUGCAGGACUGUCAGAUGGUCAGCCAAAGAUGUGGAUCCCAUGGGCAGGUGCAUUUUAGCCACCUUGUCCAUGGACCAUAGACUUUGCAUUUACAAUAUGGGUGGCUUUCAUUUGAAAUGGAAAAAGGUGGUAGAUUUAUCCAACAGUUAUUAUCAGCACAUGAAAACCAAGAAGUUUACCAUGGAUGAUGAAUCACAACCCAAGGGUAAACAGAACCAGACUUCUCUGCUGACUCAGAGAAGCUACUUGCUGGCAGCUGUAGCAAUUGACUGGUCACCAGUUUACCCUGCCCAGGUCUCUCUUGAACCAGUGGCUGCAAAAUGUGCCAAAUUCAGUGGCCUUGAACCUAGACCGUACUGCUUCUUGGCUGCUGCAAUGAAGAGUGGACACAUUGUUUUAUGGAAAAUAAACAUUCCGUGUAGUACUGAGGAUGAUAUAUCAUUACAUGAGGUUGUCUACACUGGCUCCAUGCUACCAGUCUGCAUUAAGUGGGCCUCCUACUCGGAUGACACUGGUAUAAUGUGUGUUGGAUACAGGUCAGGCAUCAUCAAGGCCCAUGUGGUCAGUCACACCACUGACCAGCUGGCACUGACCAAGGCAGGCUUUGUACACUUGUGGGACCAAGAAGAUAAACUAGGUGUCACUGCUAUAGAGUGGAUGAAAGAGGAGAGGUUACUUGUUGCAAGCAAAGCCUCUUUCCUUGUCUUUAUAGACAUCUGUAUGGCAAAUAGUGGUAUAGGGAUUAAAAAGACCAAAACAUUUAUAGGAAGAAACAAUCUCAUAAUCUCAGGUCUUUCCACUUUUCCAUCUGGAGUUAUAAUCGGAUCUCAAGAUGGAAUCAUUCAAACAGUCCAAAUCAGCAAAACGCAGUCAGGAGAUAUUGAAGUUGUCUCAGAAAGUGUUCUGGACAUGCCCAAACAGUACAAGGUUGUCAACUGCUGUGGGGCAUCUGUCUCCAAGGACAGAGUAUUUCUGGCACAUCUUCAGAGUCCCAGAUAUUAUGUUGAGAAUCGAGAUGAGGACUCCAAGCUUAUUCUGCAGUUGUACAUCAGUGUGCACACACCAGUUGAACAGACCUUGGCAGCCCUGCUUGAAGGAAUAAGAGAAAUAUCUUUGGGUGUAAUUUUCCUGAAGCACUACCAGGGUAUUUUGAAAAACAUAAGUUCACAAACAAUGGAGGAUAUACAGAAGAUAUGUGACACAAUAGAAGAAAGAAUACUGAAGUUGCACUGCACAGACUGGCUUUAUGGUAUAGGUGAUGAGGCAGGGAAACUGGAUGACAUGUGGAAAAUAUCCGCAUUCAUAAUGUGUCAAAUUCUACGCAGUGGAAAAACAGAAGUGGACUGCAAGGAGAGAGACACCUUGAUUGAAAAUGUCAAGUCAAAACUCCAGUUUCACAAACCUGCAGAGAAAUGUAAUAUAUGUGGAGAAGUGAUAAAUUUUAGCAGUGCAAAGCAGGAUUCCUGUGGGAAUGGCCACAAGUUUGCUCGCUGCUGCCAGUCCCUGCUGCUGGUACAGGAGACCCCUUACAGAAAAUGCCAGAACUGCAGAGCUUUAGCCAUAGCAUUACCAGAUAAAGCACCGGAGUGCAUAAAGAAGAUGCUGCUGUCUCCUUGUACUUUCUGUGCUGGUGUGGUAGUUUAA